AUGAAGCUCAGUCAAUCCCUCAGUAUCCUCGCGCUCCUUGUAGCGUCGACUGUCGCCGUGGCUGUUCCUCAAGACAAAGCAUGCACACAAUGUCUCACUGAGGGUACUUUCUGCUCUGGAUUCGCCGGUCCUGUUGGUACAUGCUGCGAUGGGUUACUAUGUGAAAACGAACCAGGAGUGGCAGAUGAUGCACACUGCAUUCGAAAGAAAAAGGUUCGUGUCGUUUACACCUGUUUGGCGAAGGGUGCUACUUGUGUAAGCAUCGCCGGUCCUCAAGGCACAUGUUGUUCUGGAAAGUGCGCUUUCGUGGCAGCAGACUAUAGCGUUUGCAAGUGA